AUGAAGACGGACUGGCCACGCGCUUUCCCUGCCUUCCUGCUCAGCCUGGGAUGGAUGACAAGCGCAACCGUGGUUCCCGGCGACUUUGAGCUGCGCGUCAUGGUCAUCGGCGCCUCCAUCUCCGCCGGCCAGACCGGCGGCGGGGUCCUGACCAAUGGCUACCGCAAGCCCCUGGCGGGCCUGCUGGUCAACGAUGGCUGGGAGGUGGACUACGUAGGGACGAGGAGCAACGGCGACAUGGAGAAUAAUAAACACGAAGGCUACCCAGGCAUCCGCACCGAGGCGCUGGCGAAACAGACGCGCGAAAAGGGCGUCGUGGAGCAGUUCCUCCCGAACCUGCUGCUGCUCAACGUCGGCACCAACGACUGCUCGCAGCGCGUCAACGCGACCGAGGCGCGCCGCAUCUACACCGCCAUGAUCGACGCCGUCUUUGCGCCCGCGGGGCAGGAGAGCCGCUUCCUGAUCGCGUCGACGCUGCUGCCGCGCCGGGAGCAGGACGCCGGGCUGCAGAGCUGCACGGCCGUCUUCAACGACGUGGUCAGGGAUCUGGUCCUGACCCACCCCAUGAGCGCACGGCUGGGCCUCGCCGACAUGAACACGGGCUUCAUCACGGUCGACGACCUGGCGCCUGGCGAUAACCUACACCCGAGCGAGGAGGGCUUCGUAAAGAUGGCCGACGUUUGGCACGACGCCAUCGUCACCAACAUGGAUAGGCUCACCCCUCCUGAAUGA